AUGACAUCCGGCUUAUUACAUCCACCGUUUCUAAAUACAUCACAAAUAAUGCCUGAAAAGUAUGGAAUUCUUGGUUCGCUUCUUGGUCGUCAGAUUAUGUCUGCAGGUUUUAGAAAUGAACACGUACAAAAUCAAUCAGAAUAUCAGUCAAAGUGUUCACCAACUGCAUCUACACCGUUAAGAACUCAACUGUGUUGUUUAUCAGAACAAACAAACUCUGAAGGACUUCAGAAAGAAAAUUUAGAACAAUUGUCAGCUGGUAUAAAUGGUCUUAUGUUAUCGUUCGAAGUAAGUGAAUUUCGAUAA